AUGGCCUGCUACGACCUCUGCCGCCCCUGCGGACCCACCCCGCUGGCCAACAGCUGCAACGAGCCCUGUGUCAGGCAGUGUGAGGCCUCCCGCGUCGUCAUCCAGCCUCCCACCGUGCAGGUCACCCUGCCAGGACCCAUCCUCACCUCCCACCCCCAGAGCACCUUCGUCGGAUCCUCCGCAUCGGCUGCCGUGGGCAACGAACUCAGCGCCCAGGGAGUGCCCGUCUCCUCCGGUGGCUUUGGCUACGGCUUUGGCUACGGCUUGGGAGGCCUGGGUGGAUGCUAUGGCGGAAGAGGCUGCAACAUCUGCUAAGGGAACUCACCACCAUCUGAGACACCCUAGAAGCCAUGGCAUGGAUGGCAGACACACCUCCAAGCUCCUCCUACCUUUUUAGAGCUUCUCCUCUGAAGACACCAACCAAGGAAGAAGGGAAGGGAACCAGCCCGGGUUGCCUGUAAAUGCUUUGCCCAUGUACCUCUUCCUCAUCUCCCACUUCCUUCUUUGCAUCCCUUCAGUCUGUCCAUUACUUUACCCUGCAGACACCUUCUCACCAUUCAAAGCCCACCAAUGACCUCAGCUGCUCCCCUCCCACUGCAGAACAGAAGACCUUGGUGGUUUGGCAAUAUUUGCCUUAUGCAAGUGAUCUCAGAAGAUGGUCACCCUCCCUGAAACUCAAAUAGCCUCCGUUUUUCCUAGUGCUCCUGCCUUUGCAUUCUUUUCCCCUCAAUAAAGUUCUCCUGCAUCCCA